AUGUCGACUAGACCGCAACCUGAUUGGUACUAUCAUAGACAUCCAUAUGCCCCCACGCCACUGGCAGAAGGGGAGGAGCCACAAUUACUACCCAUCCAGGACCAAACGAACCAUAGAAAGUCAAAAAUCUGGAUGGCAUACAAGGCUCCGAUAGUCCAAUGGUACAAGAAUGCUAUGCUUAUCAAGGACAAUUUCUGGAAAGACCUAGAGUCAUCCCAUCAGAUUAUCUGGUAUCCGUAUAAAGGAAUCAGUGAAUCCGUGGGAAACUCGGAUUAUUUGCAUCUGUUCUUUCUAAUAUUUGGAUACUACCUGCUGAAUUUUCUGCUUAUUGUUGCGUUUACGUCGAUCCUUGCGUGGUCUUUGUUGGUGUGCAUCUACCUGCCCUUUCUCGGACUCUUUGCGCUACCUCUGGCCUAUGUGCAAACCAUACUGAUUUCCACAACCCUAUGUAAUUCUAUGGUGAAGGGUACUGAUUUUGUUCUUUUCACGCGUAUUUAUGGGGUGACAUUUGCAAGGAAGGGAUUGCCAGAAUUAAGUAAAGCCUGUGAGACAAUAAGUUUUACGUCCUUUGUUUACAGAAGGUCACAUCGAUUGGGUGGCCUUUUUUCCAAACGGUUUUAUCUCGUCUCUUUGCCGCAGUUUUUCAUCUUUUUCUUCUGGUAUAUCUUCAUAGCCUUUAUGUUUCUUUUAUUGUUGCUUGUUCCAAUAGUGGGUCCUAUUACAAUCAACAUGCUACCAUUUAGCCCCGGAAUGGGAUUUUAUUACUUUGAGCCUUAUUUUGUUGACGUACUACACUUGGAUUCACGCCAACUUUCUGAAGUGUACUACAAAGGUUUUGCCAAGUGGCUCCUUUACUCAAUAUCAAGCGGUAUAUUAGACUCUAUUCCCAUUUUGGGAGGGUUGUUCAUCGGCACAAACGUGGUGGGUGCUUCACUUUGGAUAGUAAAGGAGAUAAAAGACCAGGAGCAACCAGCUGAACCCCCUUCCGCCCCUGCAGAACCGGAAGAGCCCACUGUAGGAUCCUAUGCGCCUCCGAUCCAACAAUCAAUAGCCCAUAUAAAUCCGCCAUGA